AUGAAUCCACCCACUUCUGGGAGCAUUCCGCUCCAGGAAUAUCGGCGGGACAUUCCGCCGGGCUGGAUUCCAGGUGAUGCUUCGUAUCCCUUGAGGACCUACUUCGACAAGCUGAAGCUUUGGUACCGGAUUGCCAAUGUGGAGGAUGAAGCCAUCGGUCCACUGGUGGCUGGACGACUCUAUGGUCGAGCAUCCACGAUCGCCAUGUCCCUGAGAGCGCCAAGGCCAGACGGCACCUUCGAUGUCGGCGAUGCAGCGCUGGUUCGACUAGCUGUGGAUGAAGUCCGCGACCCAGCGACCAAUGUGAUCAUCCAGAACCACAUUCCCUCAGGAGUGCAAUUCCUGGCCAACGCACUCCGCACGGCGUUCGGUCAGCAAGAUCAAGAUCUGGCGACACAAGCACUGGACAAGUUCUUUGGCCUUGCAAGAGGAAAGCUCAGCCUGUCCGAAUACAGCGUCGAGUUCGACAGCCGGUACGAUGAUGCUCAUGACAGAGCUGGACUGCAGUUGAACGAUGUUGGCAAGUUCUUCCUAUGGUUCAAGAACUCUGGCUUGCCAUCCAAGACGGUUGAUGACAUCAAACUGCAGGUUGCUGGCGACUACACUCGCUUCAACGACGCUCGAGCUCUGGCAUUGCGCAUCAACCCUAAUCGGCGAGAACCUGAUGACGCCCAGAUCCUCUAUGAAGAGAAUGAUGAGUCCUAUGGCGACUACGACGCCUACUACCAGGACUGGGGCGAUGAUUAUGAGGCCGAGGAUUCAUGGUGGUAUGGCUAUGAAGAGGCCGAUGAAGGUGAAUGGGUCUAUGAGGAGUACGCCAACGACGAGAACUACUAUGAGAACCAUGAUGCCAGCGAUGAGUCAUGGCAAGAGGUGGACCUAGAGGCUGGCAUGACAUCUGGUUCAGCAAGCGACUCCAAUGUCUCGGGCGAGUACAACGAAGCCUAUUACAAAGGAAAAGGCAAUGGCAGUGAUGAUGGUUGCUUCAACUGUGGCAGCAAGUUCCACCGAGUUCGAGAUUGUCCACUUGGCAAGGGCAAGAACAAGAAGGGCAGCCACAAUUACAAAGGAAAAGGAAAGUCAAAAGGCUUCUGGAGAUGGCGACCCAACUUCAAAGGAAAGAGCAAAGGCAAGAGCAAGCAUCCUUGGAGAAGCAAAGGCAAAGGAAAAGGAAAAGGCUUUGGUCGAAAAGGCCACUACUACGCCUACCAGGAGGAGGACAACUACAAGCCUCGUGGUGGUCUGUCGAUCAGCGAAGGCAUUCCUGAUGCCUCAACUCCGCAAGAAGUUGCCACAAGCUCCAAGGAGGUCAAGACGACCAAGAAGACCGAGAGCUUCGUGAUCCACACGUCAUCUGAGGAUGAGGACUUCAAGAAGCCAACUGAGGGAUAUUCAGGUCAGCCUGAGUAUACUACGAAGGAUCACUAUGACAAGAAGCUCAAGAUGAACUUCAUGGUCUUCAACAUGAAGAAAGAAGAGACACAGAUGAGCUACCAUACCAUCCAUGGGCAAGAACGCUAUGGUUUGCUCAUCGAUCCCGGAGCUGCAUCCGGGCUGGUUGGUAGCGAGACCCUCAGAAUGCUCAAGAGUUGCUCCAUGGGUGAGAUGGAGAUCAACCGCAACAAGAUCACUCCAGUUUCCGGCAUUUCAGGAAACAGCGAGUCAACUCUCGGAGAGGUCACGUUGACCAUGGCGACCGCAGGACAACCCAUCACCUACACGGCGGAGGUCAUUGGUGGAGCUGGAAGCCUAUGCCCAGCACUGGUUGGCAACCCGACUCUUCGUCGAUUGGGUGCAUCGAUCUUGACAGAUUGGUUCGAGAAUGGUGAUGGCAUGCUUGUUCUGAACACCAAGGACGCCAUGGAUGCAGAGGUCAAUCACGUGAAGUUCUUCAGGAUCCUGCUCACAGAUUCUGGACACUACAUCCUGCCUUGUGACAACGUUCAGAACGAGAAGGUUCCAAGAGCUUCGAAGCACGAGGCCAUCGCUUUCUUCCAGAAGAUCACCGAGAUCACUUCGAAAGUUUGGCCUGACGUGCAACCACGGGUCAGACACUGCUUCCAUUCCCAGACGGCGGCAGAGGAUGACCGGUGUGAUUACAAUCGUGAACAUGAACGAGACAAAGGCCCAAUGAAGAGCCAAGAUCAUGAUGUUGGUUGUGAUCAUCUGGCUUGCGAGAAUGGAGAAGAAGAUGAACUACGGAAUCCUGUUCCAUCCAGGAAGAUUCACUUCAUCGAUGAGGAACAGCAGAAGAAGUCCGAGGAGCCCUACGACCUCAUGAACAGCGAGAAGAACAAGAGCCUAUCACCAAUUGCAGAAGAGCGCGACUCCGAGGACGAAGUUUCACCAUCAGCCAUUUUGGCAGAGCAGUGCAUGAAGAACGACAAGAGCAAAGAGCCUGCGAAGAAUUCAAACCACUUGAUCAACGAGCACCCUGCCGGACCUGCCAUUUUGGCCCCGGCAAUUCAUGAUGAACAAGGCCUACGUGAGGCAAGCUAUGAUGAAGAGAAGAACGUCUUCCUCAGCUACACUGGCGACAUGAUCCCCGAGACGGCAGAUCAAGCGGAGCUCUAUGAGGGCGUGGAGAUCAAGAAUCUUACCAGCAAAGCGCUCUCCGUGCCAACUACACACAUGCUCAAGAAGCUCCUCCUCGAAACCAUCAAUGCCACUAUGGGUGUCUUCAAUGAAGCAGCAAGGAGAAAGAUCGACUAUGUUCACUGGCUGGACAAUCCUAUGCUCAUGAGCCUCUUCAAGGAGUUCUUCAAGGACCUGAUCCAAGUCAAAGGAGUGAAGAUUGAACUCCGACCUUUCCAUCUUGCAUCAGCAGAGCCGAAGCUUCCAUUGACAUCAUCAUACCUACGGAUGCAAGUGAGAGGCAAUGUGAAAGCAUGGGACAUUCACCCUCCAGAAGAUUUGCGAGAGAUGAGUUUCAGCCAGAUCAACGCAGCACUCGACGAGGAUGACUGGGCAAUCACCAUCUAUGGAGUGGAGCACGAUAUGGCACCUUCGCCAUCAACACCAGCAUCAAGGAAGUUGAUGAGAUUUGUCGAAAGCCUCACGGAAUACAAGACGAACAUCUAUGGUUGGCUGAAGAGAAAUGGCAAGUGGCGAUUCUUCCCUCGUGAGGAUGAUCAUGCAACGAAGAUCAUGUUGUGGGUGCAGCACAUCUACAAAGGUUUGAGCAAGCAUCAAGUCCAUGGAGCUCUACUUGGACGAAGCUUGCGGAACAUCAAGCCUCCAUCGAACACAGUUGGUCAUCUCAUCUCAUGGAUUCAUGGAGGACAAGGCUACGCCGUGCAAGAGCACUUCUCCGACGGAUUCUUGAAGAUGAAGAGGGUUUCCAACUACUCUCGUGAAGAGAUGUGCACCAUCUACUUGUUCCACUAUCAUCCUGAUCCUGUGGAAGAGCCAGCAAGUCAGUCGACCAUCAACAAGGAUGACGACAAGAUGGACGUCAACGUUCCCGAUGACAGAGACGGCUACAUGAUCAGCCAGCAGGAGUUUUCAGAAAAGAUUACACCUGCACCUGUCCCUGCAAGAGAAGAUGAUUCCAGAUUGACACCAGCAGAAGUCUCAGAUCUGCGAUCCAUCCUAGGAGCACUUCUUUGGGUGACAGCUACACGGCUGGACGUGAUUGCGGAUGUUUCAGCACUACAAUCACGAGUGACAGUAGCAGAGGUCAAGGAUUUGAAGCAGGCAAACAAUGUGCUCAUGAAGGUGAAGGAGUUUGCAGAUGUUGGUUUGCACUACCGCUACUUCAGGACAAAGCAUCGACGACUAGUUUGUUUUCAUGAUGCUUCGGCAGCCAGCAAGGGCCGGAACUAUGCCCAGGAAGGUGUAGUCAUUGCUUUGGCCGAUGACGAAUGGCGGAACAUCACGAUUGACUUUGAGCACACCUGCGAGACUGAGGAGCAUGAACUCAUGCAUGGAGGAGUAAUGCAUGUUUUGCAUUCACAUGGAGCAAAAGCCAAGAGGGUGAGCUACAGCACAUCACAUGGUGAGACACUAGCCAUGGUGAACGCCUUGGAAUCUGCAACAUUGUGUAUGAUCAGGCUCAGCGAGAUGCUCCAUCCUCAACAUCCUCCAUCAUUGAAGGACCUCAUCAAGAUCCAGACAGCUGGAAAUCCAGAGAUGCCUUUGGACAUGUAUGGAGAUGCUCGAGAUGUCUAUGAGCUCAUCGCAGGUUUAAUCAGACUGCAUGGAGUGGAGAAGCACCCAAUUGUGACAAGGGUUCUUCCGACCAUCGACUUUGACGAGCACGACCUUAUGCUGAAGGACGAGGAGAUGAUCCUGAAGGCAGAGAAGGAUGAGAGCAUGGUGCGAACGACACAUGCUUCAGUGCUUGUGGGACUGGCAGCGUUUGCCACUUCCAAGAAGAUGCUGGCGGCAAUGCUGCCGACUUUAGCAUUUGGAACUUUGGUGGAUGCGCAAUCCAAUGAACCGGAGAAUCAAGAGCAGAAGAGCUACUUCUCCGUGUACCUCAUGAUUUUCAUCACGGUGAUUUUGGCGGUGAUGCUUGAGAGAAUGGUGACAAGUUGGAUGAGCAAGAAGAGAAGAAUCCAACCUGUAAAGAUCGAGUCCGACGACGAUGACGACAUGGAUGUCGAUCAAGAAGGAGAUCAACCAUCAUCCUCAGGAGCAUCCUUCCAGCGGAAGAGGAAAGCAAGUCCUCGAGACACAUGGGAAGAUCUUGCACGAAAGGUCAUUGACGAGAAGGAGACGCUGAAGCGAAAGAACAAGAAAAGCGAAGAAGAUGCACAUCUACAACAACAGGAGAUCGACAGCCUCAAGUUUGACAAUGAAUGGUGGAAAGACAAAUAUGAGAAGCUUGAGGAGAAGUACGAUGACAAGGACUUCGAGCUGAAGAACCUCAAGAAUGACAUGACAGUGGUCAAUGCAAGGAAAAUGGUGCUCGAAUCUACGGUCAGCAACAUGAGAGCUGGACUAGUGAAGCUUGAAGAUGAGAAUGCCGAAUUGAAGAUGAAGCUGGACAGAAAGACAGCAGCAUCAUCGGAGAGACCAGCACCGCUGACACCAAGGAUCACAGACAACGCCGAGAUGGCCGGCGAGAUCGAGAAACUACAGAAGAUGGUCAAGUUCAAAGACCAGGAGAUCAUGAGACACCUGGCUCGCAUCAAGAGCUUGGAGCUGCCGGAAGCCAUCUUCAUCACGAAGACUGGCAAGAAGUUCCAUCGAGAAGGAUGUCCACAUCUGAGAGAGGGCGAACAUGUGAGCACUGGCACUCCCAGCGUCCAGUGCGUCCAGCACGUGCGUCCGAUGGAGACCUUGAGCCCGAGCCCCACGGGGAAGACGAUCCGCCUGGCGCAGUGGCACAAGAACCACGCGGGAGCCAGGUACCAGGGAGAGGUCUCGAUCGCCACUGGCCAAAGAGAAGGCAAAGGGACCUACUACUACACGAACCCGUACUUCAUCUAUGAAGGUGAUUGGCUGGAUGGGAAGAAGCAUGGCCAGGGCCGCUUGAGCUUCGGCGAAGAUGGCUUCUACGAGGGGAGCUUUGAGGGCGGAGAGAUCUCGGGCUUCGGGCGACAAGAGCUCAAUGGCUGGAGCUACGAGGGACAGUUUCUGCAAGGUCAGAAGCAUGGUGAGGGCACCCUGAACAAAGCUGAUGGUGGCACCUACACCGGUGGCUGGAGCCAGGGCAAGUACUCUGGCGAGGGCACCUUGAAGCUUCCCAGUGGUGAGAGGUACACCGGCGGCUUCCAGGCGCACCGCUUCCACGGCCACGGACGCCACGAGGUGCCCAAGCAGGGCAUGACCUAUGAUGGUGCCUUCGAAGCAGGGCUCCGGCAUGGCUAUGGGGAGCUGCAGGAGCGCCACGGCGCCUCGAGCUACAGCGGGCACUUCGAGGCCGGGAAGCGCCAUGGCCAGGGGAAGUCGUCGGACCAGGUGAGUGGGAUCUCCUAUGAGGGUGCCUGGAAUCAGGAUCAGCCGGAGCGCCCGGCGGCCACCUGGGAUCUGUGCCCGCCAGACAGCGAGGAGUCCUAUACCGCGGUGGGUGAGCUCUUGAAAGAGGAGGCGGCGACUCAGCUGAAUGCCAACCCGAAGGACAAAGGGAAAAAGGCACCUCCACCCGUCGACACCAGCGGUCAAGGGCCGGAGCUGAAGGGCACCAAGGGCCAGGUCUUGCCAGAGACCAGGGUCAGACUCCUGGAUGCCACCCAGGCUCCGGUGACGGAAGAGGUCGGCCGGUGCUUCCGGGUGACCAUGUACAAGGAGCGGAAGACCGCUGAGGGCGAAGUGCUCCGCAGACCGGUGAACUUCGGCGAUGCCCGGCCGACGUACACCGAUCCUUUGGAUGAGGCCGAUGCGCCUCCACAGAAGUCCAAUUCGGGCGGAAAGAAGGGGGGCAAAGCUUCGCCGAUGCCGGAUGAGGAAGUGGUUCCGCCCUUCACCGGGCACGAGUCCCUCAGUGGCGCUAUUGGUCCCAACGGCUCCGCCGUGCUGGGAGGCAACGAGGAUUGGCUUCUGCCGGUGCAUUUGCUACCAGCAGUUUAUUGGCUCAGGUUGGAAGAUGCUACCAAACUGGAGGGCAGCAUUUGGGAAGCUUUACCUCCCCUUGAGAUCCCUUUCCGCGUGGAGGCCUGA